AUUUACUGUCACGCGUCCUUUGUGCAAAUUUAGAUGUGAAAACGACAAAAAAUACAUAAUUUAAAGUGUCUGUAACCAUUUUACUGAUGUUUUCCUACGAUUUUUUUUGAGUUUGAAGUGAAUAGAAAAACUAUUAAAAAUGAUGAGUGACGACGAUCGCGACAUUGAUAUUGAAAGUGAUGCUGAAAAUGACUCGGAUUCUCGACCACACGCCAGGAGUAGCUUAAGUGGAAGUGGAUAUUAUUCUCAGGCAGAAAAAAGAGCACACCAUAAUGCAUUAGAGAGGAAAAGAAGAGAUCACAUAAAAGACAGUUUUACAUCAUUGAGGGAUUCUGUACCAGCACUUCAAGGAGAAAAAGUGGCAAGUGCAAGUCGUGCACAAAUUUUGAAAAAGGCUGCAGAAUAUAUACAAUUCAUGAGGCGGAAAAACAACGCUCACCAACAGGACAUUGAUGAUUUAAAAAGACAAAACAGCAUACUAGAGACACAGAUACGAGUACUUGAAAAAGCAAGAGCAACUGGAAACUAUAUGGACGCACAUGAACUAGGUAUUGGAAUCAAAUCAGAAGGCAGUUCACAUGACACAGACAGUUCGGACGGAGAAGGUACCACUAGGAGAGUCAAGAAACUCAAAAUAAACAGUGUUAAUGUGUAAUUAUAAUAAUAAAUAAUCCAAAUGAUAAAGUAUAAGGCAAUUUAGCUGUAAUGGCUAUUUUAAUAAAUCAAUAUAUUUUGAGAUCUAUUUUUACCAAAGAACCAAUUCUGUGGUUUUUUUUUAACUAAAAAUUGCCUUCUAAUUUACACUUUGGUCUAGCAAUAAUAUUUUUUAAGAAUAUUUUAAGCUGAAUAUUCUUAUGGAAUAACCUAAUAUUAAUGUACAAAAUCAAGCUUUAUAGAAAUUAAUAUUGGAGUUUCAUUCAAUUUAAUAUUUGAUUAUUAUCUGUUUUCAACAUGUGAGCUAAUUUAUACAUUCAAUUGUAUUGACUAUUUUCUUUUGGAGGGAUGACGUAAAAAAAGUAUCGAUUUUUUUUUUUUAUUAUUGAGUACAAAAUUAUUUGGGUUGACAAUAAGAAUAUUCAUGGGGUUAUUUAAGUAAUGUUAGUCUUCUUGAACAUAUUUGUUAUUAUUUUUCAUAUUGUCACAUUCCUGUCACAUUGUAUAAUAAAAUAAUUAUAAUGUUAUGAUCAAAUGUUUACAUUCAAAUUGGAUUAUUUUGAUUUAUAUAAUAAAAUGUUUUAGUUACAACAGUAAUUACGUUUUUAGCCUCAGUUCUAGAAGACUAAAAUAAAAUAGAUUAAGAAGUAAUAUAAAAAUACUCCUGUU